GACCGCCGCAGUCCUCGAGAGCUUCCUUUUGCUUUUACUCCCUUGCCCUGACGUCAAUUGCUGAGCUCUCCUCUCCACACCACCACAAUGCUCGCCCGGCGUGUGUGUGCCAGCGUCCGCAGCGCUGUCCCCGCACAGCACACGACUGCCGCCAGCUCGCGCUCCUUCGCCGCCCUCGCUGCCGCCCAGGGCCCAGCUCGAGCCCCUGCGCUCGCCGAGAUCUCGCCCGACGGCGCCGCGGCAUUCAACGAAAAGCAGCUGGAGUUCCGCGAGGGCCUCAUAGCUGCCCAGAAGAAGAAGGAGCAACAAGAAAGUCAGUCUCGUUCCUCUGAUAAUCUGUCUGCGUCUGGUGCCACCGCUGGCGAAGGCCACUCUGUGCUGGGUAAGACCUUGGGAUCACUAACAGCGUCCCAUGCAGAAGAAGCACGCGCACGUGAGCAAGAAGGCGGCAAGAAGAAGGGCGGUGCGCUAUCGUCCCUCAUCUACGGCACGCCCGAGGGACGGGAGCUCGACAAGGACAUCGAGAGGAGCUUCUCCCAGGUCCUGGCUCGAGGAAAGUACGUCCACUCCAUCGUCUUUCACGAAGUCAAGCCGGACAAGGUCGAUGAGUACACGGAGCUCGUUGGCAAUUGGUACCCGAAGAUGGCGUCAAUGCCCGAGAACAAGGUGCAUCUGGUCGGCAGCUGGAGGACCGAGGUGGGCGACUGCGACACGUUUGUGCACAUCUGGGAGUACCAGCGAUAUGAGGGCUACCAUGCCUCUCUGCACAACAUUCAACACCAUCCCGAGUUCCCCGACUUCGACGCCAAGCUGAAGACAUUAAUCAAUUCCAAACGCACCUCGCUCAUGCAGGAAUUCUCCUUCUGGCCAACGACUCCCCCACGCCAGCUGGGCGGGCUGUUUGAGCUGCGCUCCUAUACGCUUCAUCCCGGAAACCUGCUCGAGUGGGAGACACACUGGAGGCGAGGCCUCAGGGCACGUAGGGAGGUCAUGGAGGGUGUAGGUGCCUGGUUCGUGCAGAUCGGCGACUUGAACACCGUGCACCACCUCUGGCAAUUCGCCAAUCUCGAGGAGCGGAAGGUCCGCCGCGAGCAGAGCUGGAGCGUCGAAGGCUGGGGCGAGACGGUGCACAAGACGGUGCCUCUCAUCCAGACGAUGAAGAGCAGGAUCCUUAUUCCCUGCCCUUGGAGCCCGGUUGCCUGAGCACAUCUCCGAAAGGACGAGCUCAUGCAGACCAAGACGCUUCAGAGUCGCAACUGAGAAGGCAGGAGUAUUUCAGAAGUCAUACCAUCGUCAGGUGCGGAAUUUGGCGGAAGAUACUGUAAGCAGAGCUCCUCUGAGGGAGGGCAUGAGGUUAAGGAAAAGGCCUCUAGUGGCCUGGUGUUGGCGUCGGCGAUAGGGAUGCGGAAACCCUAUUUUCCAAUCUCAAUUACCUGUGAAUACAAUUACCUAUCAAAGCUGAUUGAUUGACCCCUGUCAAGGAUGGCAUUUCAAUGUCGAAUUCGCGAUGUCCCAUGGCUGACCACGGGCU